AUGUUUAGCAAAAUCGUCACUUUCUGCGCGGUAGUGGCAGUGUCCUCUGCUGGACUUUUGCCAGCAGCGGUACAUUACUCUCCAGCGGAAGCUGUUUCAUCUCAAAACAUUGUGCGUCAUGAUCAACAACCCUACGCCAAGCUGACUUACCAAGCGGCUCCCGCUACCCUCGCAUACCACGCUGCCCCCGCAACCUAUGCCUACCAAGCUGCUCCUUCUCAUUACUCAUCUGCCGCCGCUACUUCUUCGCAAAACAUUGUGCGUCACGAUGAAUCUUCAGCACCUAAACUAGCCAAACUUGCUCUGGGAUCUCAACUUACCUACCAGGCUGCCCCCGCUGCCUACGCCUACCAAGCUGCCCCUGCUACCUACGCCUACCAGGCUGCUCCCGCCCAACUCUCUUACCAUGCUGCACCUGCUUCGAUUGCCUACCACGCUGCCCCUGUUACCAAGGUGCUCGCCCACCAUGAAGAAAUUGCUCACCCCAAAUACGAAUUCAGCUACUCAGUAGCCGACGGACACUCUGGAGACAACAAGCAGCAACAUGAAUCCCGCGACGGAGAUGUCGUGAAGGGCUCAUACUCUUUCCUAGAGGCUGACGGCUCCGUCAGAACUGUGGAGUACUCUGCUGACGACCACAACGGUUUCAACGCCAUCGUGCACAACAGCGCCCCCGCCCACGCUCACGCUCACGCCGUCCUCAAGGCUCCCGUACAACAAUACUACCAACAC